AUGGAAGGCACUGAAAGUCAUACCUAUCACAUUGGAAUUGAAACAGGUGGGACAUCCUGCAAAGUUGGAAUCAUGAGAGACUUUGGCACAGAAAAUAUUGUCCAUUCUCAAGUUGUCAAUACAAGGAGACCAUUGGAUACUAUUUAAGAGAUCAUUGACUUCAUUAAUUCAUUCUCAUACAUCUAUAACUCAGUUGGAAUAGCUUCAUUUGGGCCUAUUGGAUUGGAUAAAUCCCAAGAUGACUAUGGUUAUGUAACAACUACUCCGAAAGUUGAAUGGCAAAAUUUCAAUUUGUUAGGCUUAAUACUUAGCGGCAUUAAGAAUAAAUCAGAUAGCUUCAAAGUAGCUUUUGAUACGGAUGUAAAUAUUGUGGCUCAAUUCGAAUCUGACUAUGGAGGCCAUAAGGAUGCUAAUGGGAACUUAAUUUAUAUUACAGUUGGAACAGGUAUUGGAAUCGGAGUUGUUUUGAAUGGCUAGAUGAUGCAUGGCCUAGUACAUCCUGAAGGGGGACAUUAAAAAGUUCCAAUCCACAAAGAUGAGGUUGACUAUCCAGGUGUCUGUGUAUUCCAUGGAAAUUGCCUAGAAGGACUUUGCACAAAUGUUUCUAUUGCUAGGAGAAAGGAAUUAGCUGAUGUUGAAGACAACAAAACUAUUUCAGAUGAUGAUAAAGUCUGGGACUUCGUAGGUUACUAUUUAGGCGUCGCUUGCUCAAACCUCAUAUUUACUAUGAGUGCUUAGAAGAUUGUUAUAGGUGGAGGAGUAAUGAACAGAGAGAUUCUUUAUGAUAAGAUACGUCAGCACUGCUUUGAGUCUUUAAAUGGGUAUAUUAAGCAUCCAAGACUUGCAUCUGUUGAGGCACUUCGAUCUUUCAUUGUCAAACCAAGUUUAGAGAAUAAUCUAGGCAUAAUUGCUGCUGCUAUGAUAGGAGCAAAGCAAUAAUGA